CACAUCCUCUCCGUGAUCCCUCCACCAGAGAAGCAACAUCCUCUGGCAGCUGUGAGGGGAAGCUGUCCUCACAGAGUCUCUCCACUCUGCAGCAGGUAACACCCAAAAGCCAAACUGUGGCGCCGCCGUCAAAUAACAACAACAACCGCCGCUGGGUCAGGUAUCGCUCUCUCUCUCUCUUUCUCUCUCUCUGUCCCUGUCAUUGAGACACAUUUUGACAAGAACCAGAGAGGAGACUUAUAGCAAUACUUCUGUCAACUGUCUGGACACAAAAAGGAAAGAUGAUGGAACUCACGAUUCAGCUUAUCCCUACAGGGGAAAUUAUUCUUUCUCCAGGGAAAAAUGGAGAACACUACUGCCACUGCUGCAAGGUGGUGGCUAGUGACGGGGUGCGGGCUAUGAUGGAGUCGGCCCUGACAGCCAGAGACAGAGUGGGGGUGCAGGACUUUGUCCUCCUGGAGAACUACACCAGUGAGGCGGCCUUCAUCGAGAACCUGCGCAAACGGUUUAAAGAGAACCUCAUCUACACUUACAUUGGUUCAGUGCUGGUGUCAGUUAACCCAUACAAGGACCUGGAGAUCUACACCAAGAACCACAUGGAGCGAUAUCGUGGAGUCAACUUCUACGAGGUCUCACCACACAUCUAUGCUGUAGCAGACAACUCCUACCGCUCCAUGAGGACAGAAAGGAAGGACCAGUGCAUCCUGAUCUCUGGGGAAAGUGGAGCUGGGAAGACGGAGGCGUCCAAGAAGAUCCUGCAGUACUAUGCAGUCACCUGUCCUGCCAGCGACCAGGUGCAGACUGUCAAAGACCGCCUGCUGCAGUCCAAUCCUGUGCUGGAGGCCUUUGGCAAUGCCAAGACGUUGCGUAACGACAACUCAAGUCGCUUUGGCAAGUACAUGGACAUUCAGUUUGACUUUAAGGGCGCCCCGGUUGGAGGCCACAUCAUCAACUACCUGCUGGAGAAGUCCCGCGUUGUCCACCAGAACCACGGAGAGAGGAACUUCCACAUUUUCUAUCAGCUGAUCGAAGGAGGGGAGGAAGACCUGCUGAGACGCCUGGGCUUGGAGAGGAAUCCUCAACAGUACCAGUACCUCGUCAAGGGUAACUGUCCCAAAGUGAGCUCCAUCAAUGAUCGCAGUGACUGGAAAGUGGUGAAGAAAGCCCUAAGUGUGAUUGGCUUCAAUGAGGACGAUGUGGAGGAGUUGUUAAACAUAAUUGCCAGCGUUCUUCACCUGGGGAAUGUGCAGUACGGCGAUGAAGAGGGCAACGCUUGCAUCACCUCUGACACACAGAUCAAGUACCUGGCCAGGCUGUUAGGAGUGAAUGGCACGGUGCUGACAGAGGCACUAACUCACAAGAAGAUUAUUGCCAAGGGAGAGGAGCUAAUGAGUCCUCUAAACCUAGAGCAGGCCUCAUACGCUCGGGAUGCUUUGUCCAAGGCUGUGUACGGACGCACUUUUACCUGGUUGGUGAACAAGAUCAACGCCUCACUGUCAUACAAGGAUGACUCCUCCAAGACCUACUCUGUCAUUGGUCUGCUGGACAUCUAUGGGUUUGAAGUCUUCCAGAAUAACAGCUUUGAGCAGUUCUGCAUCAACUACUGUAACGAGAAGCUGCAGCAGCUUUUCAUCGAACUCACCCUCAAGUCGGAGCAGGAGGAAUACGAGUCAACGAGCAUCACGUGGGAGCCUGUGCAGUACUUCAACAACAAGAUCAUCUGUGACCUGGUGGAGGAGAAGUUCAAAGGCAUCAUCUCCAUUCUGGAUGAAGAGUGUCUAAGACCUGGAGAUGCCAGUGACAUCACGUUCCUGGAGAAGCUGGAGGACAUCGUGGGAGGACACGCGCACUUUGUCACGCACAAGCUGGCUGAUGGAAAAACACGGAAGGUGAUGGGUCGCGAUGAGUUCCGACUGCAGCAUUACGCUGGAGAGGUCAACUACAACGUCAAUGGUUUUCUGGACAAAAACAAUGACCUGCUCUUCAGGAACUUAAAGGAGGUCAUGUGUAUGUCAGAGAACAACAUCCUCAACCAGUGUUUCAACAAGGAGGAGCUGAGUGACAAGAAACGCCCUGACACGGCAGCCACCCAGUUCAAGGCCAGUCUGGCGAAGCUAAUGGAGAUCCUCAUGUCCAAGGAGCCGUCGUACGUCCGCUGCAUCAAACCCAAUGACUCCAAACAAGCAGGUCGAUUUGAUGAGGUUCUGAUUCGACACCAGGUCAAGUACCUGGGACUGAUGGAGAACCUGAGGGUGAGGAGAGCGGGAUUUGCUUACAGACGGCGCUACGAGGUUUUCCUGCAGAGGUACAAGUCACUGUGUCCAGACACGUGGCCAAACUGGCAGGGGAAACUGGCCGACGGUGUCGCCACACUGGUCAAACACCUGGGAUACAAGCCAGAGGAGUACAAGCUGGGAAGGUCAAAAAUCUUUAUCCGUUUUCCAAAGACCUUGUUUUCCACUGAGGACGCACUAGAGACCAGGAAACACAGUCUGGCCACUCAGCUGCAGGCAGGAUGGAGAGGCUACAGCCAAAGGACUAAAUACCUGAAGCUCCGAACUGCAGCUAUUGCUGUGCAGGCGUGGUGGAGAGGAAUCCUGGCCAGGAGGAGAGCCAAGCAGAGGCGUCAGGCUGUCGAUACUAUUCGCAGGUUCGUCAAGGGCUUCAUCUACCGCCACAAGGAGCGCUGUCCAGAGAACGAGUACUUCCUGGACUAUGUUCGCUACUCAUUCCUGAUGAAGCUGCACAGGAACCUUCCCAAAAACGUCCUGGACAAAAGCUGGCCCACGCCCCCAGCUGCUCUCACCGAGGCAUCGGAGCAUCUACGAAAGUUGUGCAUGCAGAACAUGGUGUGGAGCUACUGUAAGAAGAUCAGUCCUGAGUGGAAGCACCAGAUGGAGCAGAAGGCGAUCGCCAGUGAACUCUUCAAGGACAAGAAGGACAACUACCCCCAGAGUGUCCCCAAACUCUUUCUCAGCACAAGACUCAACGGCGAGGACAUAAACCCCAAGGCCCUGCAGACUCUGGGCAGUGAGAAGAUGAAGUAUGGAGUCCCCGUAACCAAGUAUGACAGGAAGGGCUACAAGGCUCGGCCCCGACAACUGCUGCUCACGGGCAACAGCGCCAUCAUCAUAGAGGAGGCUAAGGUCAAGCAACGCAUCGACUAUGCAGCUCUGAAAGGGAUCUCUGUCAGCUCUCUCAGCGACGGCUUGUUUGUUCUGCACGUGCCCAGUGAAGACAACAAACAGAAGGGCGACGUUGUCCUGCAGAGCGACUACGUGAUCGAGACCCUGACCAAGAUUGCAAUCUGUGCCGACAAAAUCAACAGCAUCAACAUCAACCAGGGCAGUAUAAAAUUCACAGGGACUCAGGGAAAAGAGGGGAUCAUAGACUUCACCCCGGGGUCGGAACUCCUGGUGGCCAAGGCAAAGAAUGGACACCUGUCUGUGACGGCUCCCCGACUCAACUCCAGAUGAUGACAACACUCUUAUGUCUCACACACAAUACAAACACACACAGACACACACACACACACACACCAGAACCUACAUUCUCCUGACCUCUCCCACCCUCCAAUCAUGAGACUGCAGACCUGCUCUGCCUAAGCCAAUCAGAUGCCAUCUGUCAUGACCCAGGUGGCGUGUGCUUCCGAUUAAAAAAAAAAAAAAUGCAGCAAAACUAAUAGAAAUAUUUAUGUUUAUAUGUUAUAUUUUAGUGAUUAAUACAGUCGCUGUUGAAAUAUUCUGAUUUUUAUAUGUGAGGCCAAGGAAUAACAAGGUGCGUUUUUCUUGCACCGUGCCUGUUUAAUGUGCUUUUUGUGGGAACAUGACCAAGUUAGGACAAGGGAGAGUCUACAUCGAAGACACCAGGGAGGAGGUGGAUGUGGACAAAAUUCAGGGUUGUUUGUUGAUCGUCUCGUCUGUCUUGCCUCUUGUCUCGCUUUCCUUGUUUAAUUUUUUUUUUCCCUGCUUGUCCCAAAGACGUUGAUUGUCUUGCUGACUUGACGCUUCUCUAACCGAGGUGAAUGACGGGUCGUUGGAAUCUUGAGGGUGCGACAGUACGUAGAGCCGUGGAGAUUUUCAGGGAUGGCGAAUGACAGGGUUUUCAAUUAAAGCGUAACGUAGUGUAGGACUGGCUCGUUUCACAUCGACAUCACAAGCUAAACAAACGGCGGAUGAUCAGUGUCUGUCCAUGAAGGGGGAGGUGAAGGGAUUUGAAGUGAGGUUCUGGGAGGAACUAAAAUAUUUCAGUGGAGGUUUCUACAUCAGAACUGUUUGGUUAAUUUGUUGAGUUCCGUUAAGAAUAUCAUUGACAAUUUAGCCUUUGAUUUGCUGUGACUCACUGCUGCCCACAGGAAGUUAUAAUUGACUGAAGACUUGUACAUUUUCCUGUUUAAAAUUACCAUCGUAUCAGUGAGCAGUUCACAAACCAAAGGUCCAAACUGAAGAGAAAAACAGUAAACAUCUGAGCAUCAAAGUUGCCGAUGACCUCACUUCAAAAAAACCCUUUCUCAGCACCACCACGUUCUCUGUUAAAGUGAAUAAAGAAAGUGAGGAACUGCGAGAGGAACGGAGAUGAGAGGGUUGUGUGAAAAGACAGACUGAGGGACGCAGCGGUCUUUAUGCCUUGUUUCUUCUGUUAAACUGCUGCAGCCAUGGAUUUAGCUGGGAAGGAAGGCCUUUGUCCUGCGAUCAGUCACUGAGCAGCAGCUCUGUUUUUUUAUUUUUUUGUUUAAAUUCUACCUGCGUUUCCCCAUGAUCCUCUCUGCUAUUUAAACCAACUUGACUUUAUUUGGUUUGAUGACGCUAUAACUAGACGGGUGUGACGGCUACCUCUGACCAAGCUCUGACCAAAGUUUUUCCAUUUAAUUUCAUGCCAUGAUUUCUUUUUGUGAAUAGUAAUAGUGCAUUUUAAAUAGUUAAAAAAAUGAUUCUGAGGCCAAUAACUGCAGUUUUACAGAUGAAAAUCACAUCUCUAAACUUCUCAUCUUCCCUGAAGACACACUUUUUGAUGUUUAGCCUAAAAAACCGCCAGCAACACUAAAAACCUUCAGUCAAAUAUAUAAAUAUAUUUAUAUGUAAUUAUACAUUAUAUUUACAUUAUAUAUAAGCAUAUAUGUAUAUGUAUAUUAUAUAAGCACAUAUAUUUACAUAUAUAUAAUAUACAUGACAUAUAAGCAUGUAUACAUAUGUGCUUGAAUAUAAUGUUUUAUGUUGUAUAUAAAACAUGAAAUGUGUUUCCACAGAAUUUCUUUACUCCCUAUAGUUUGCCUGAAUUCAGAACUGUGUCCCUGUGUGCUGUAACAUUGGGUGGUGAUGUGGGUGCAAUAUAAAAAAAAAAGUACUUUAAGGCCACACCUUAAAAUAUAGCCUGGCCAAAGAUGACCCUGUAGUGGAUUUCUCCUGAUUCUGUGUAUGGUUUGUCUGGCGUCCUGAUGUUUAUGUUCCAGGACAGAGACGUGUUUUUUUUUUGUUUUUUGUUUUUUGUUUUUUAUAGUUUGUGUUCAGUGAUCAACCUGAGAGAAUCAAGCCAUGUGUUGGAGAAAAGAAGCUUCUAGUAUUGUUCGCUAUCAUGAUCCUGUGCCUUGUUUAACAGCAAUACUACGUGUGUGAACGUUGAAAAAAAAAAAAAAGAAAAAAAAAAGAAGAAGAAUACUGUAAAUACCUCCCUCACAGUCCAGUCAGUAGCCAAUGUGCUGCUCCGAGUCUUUCCGGGCCUUUGUUUUGUCCCAGCAGCACCUAAACGCCUCUACGU